GCAAUGAGUCUGCAGAGCAGGGAUUCUGCCGGAGGCUGAGUGCCCGGUGGCUGGGUCUGUGCCCCUCAGCUGGGCAGGCGUGGGGAAGCGGUGUUCUUGGGACUGCCCAUUGAGCCGGUGAGCUGAAUAGAAGGAGGGAGUUAGCACUCUGUCUUGGGUGCUUGUCCCCGCCUCUCUCCACCCCAGCCCUCCCUCUCCUUGGCACUUUGCUCACAGAGCAAGUCUGAAAUGCUGCAAGUGCCCAGCGAGAGCAAGAACUGCAUGGUGCCCAGAAGGAACCUCAGCACCGGCUGUCCAGGGAUGGGAUCGAGCUGGGGUCCAGCCCAAUACAGGGCCACACGUCACCUCAGGAACUGACCUUGGAACCAGGGAGCACAGAAAUUGGCUUCAGGCAAUGGCCACUUCAGUGGGGACGUUCCCAGUUGCUCUGUUGGUGCCAACACCUGCAUCCCUGCUGACAGCAAAUACCACCAGCCAGGGCAAAGAGAACUGUGUCUUCAAUGAGGAGUUUAAAUUCAUCCUGCUGCCAGUGUCCUAUGCGCUUGUCUUUGUGGUGGGGCUGCUGCUCAAUUCCUGGGCCUUGUGGAUGUUCAUCAGUAAGAUGAGGCCAUGGAAUGCCACCACCACUUACAUGUUCAAUCUAGCCGUCUCUGACACACUGUACGUACUUUCCCUCCCCACGCUGGUCUAUUACUAUGCUGACCGCAACAACUGGCCCUUUGGGGUUGGCCUCUGCAAGAUUGUGCGCUUCCUCUUCUAUGCCAACCUGUACUGCAGCAUUCUCUUCCUCACCUGCAUCAGCGUGCACCGCUACGUGGGGAUCUGCCACCCCCUUCAGUCGCUCGGGUGGAUGAAGACCAAGCAUGCCCGCCUCAUCUGCGUGGGUGUCUGGUUUGUCGUCACCAUCUGCCUCAUACCCAACCUGAUCUUUGUCACCACCAGCAUCAGGGGGAACGACACCCUUUGCCACGACACCACCAAGCCCGAAGAGUUUGACCACUACGUGCACUACAGCUCCUCAAUCAUGACCCUCCUCUUCGGCAUCCCCUUUUUAGUGAUCAUUGUGUGCUACAGCCUGAUGACUAAGAGACUGUGGAAACCCAGCCUAUCCAGCUCCAACCAGAGCAUCCCCUCCUACAAGAAACGCUCUAUCAAAAUGAUCAUCAUUGUAAUCACAGUCUUUGCCAUCUGUUUCCUACCCUUCCACAUCACACGGACACUGUACUAUACCUCCCGGCUCCUCCAAGCCAACUGCAGAACCCUCAACAUCAUCAAUUUCACCUACAAGAUAACACGGCCCCUGGCCAGCAUCAACAGCUGCAUAGACCCCAUCUUGUAUUUCUUGGUGGGGGAUACCUACAGGGGAAGGCUGCGUCGAGCUGCGAUCAAAAUGCCCAGAUCUCAGCACACAUCUACAUUAGCCUUUGUUUCUCAUCUCAGAAAGAAUGGCUUUUCUACCUCCCGAGAUGCCAGCUACUCCACCACUAAUGCCUGAGAAAAGGGGGUGCGAAACUGACAGAUAAAGGAAGCAGUGAGGGGUUUUGAAAGGACUAGGCAGGGCCUGGGCAGCAGGUAUGCAUCUAGGCCAGAACGCGGGACCAGCAUUAGGGAAGCCAGUAGAGUUGCAGGUUUAGGCUCCGUACAGAACGGAUGCCUCUGCUUAAUCUGUAACUUAUUUGUCCACCGUGCUGCGUCUGCUUCUGACAGUCAUUCUGGCCCCCACGUUAACCUCUGAAUGCUUUGAACUAGGUUUACAUUCCCACUCACCAAGCAUGCUCCACCCCGUCACACCAACUGAACAACUGUCCCAGAGCCAGGGACGUUCCUGGUCUUGUCACAGCUUGGGAAGACUGUCCUAAUGCCAAUGGGAGGGCGGAGAGAAGAGACCCCUACAUCCCAUAACAUCCAUUCCAUAAGGAAAUGGGGAACCCAGCAGGAUGGUUGUAUGAAGGAAGUGUAUGAAAAGAAUCACAGGUAGUGAAUCCCCUGCUUGAGACGCAAGUGGGGGCAGAGCAGUGGGAAAGGAGGGCAUGUGGUGACACUGCUCUGGUCAGAAGCCUGAGACCAAUGAGAUGGAGCAUUUUACUAUGGGAAAAGAGCCAGGAAGUUACCACAGGACACAACUGGCUACCUGAUGCCUUCUGAGAGAAGCCCAACUAGGCGGUUUCAAGCAGCCUGGAGCUCUGGGCUACAGACAGGGGUGAAUGCAGCCCAGUACAGUGCUAAAGAGUGACACGCUGGGUUUAAUGAUAUGCUAUAUAGUUGUCAUCGAGGAAGAUGAAGAGAAGCUCAUGAGAACAGUGCAGGUGCUAAAUGAGGAAGGGAAG